GCUUAGGUCCCCUUGGGAAGUUGGGAGUCGGGGUCACUUGCUCAUCCAUCCUGUCUGCCUCGCCGCACUCAUUCAUUCCAUCGAUCCGUCUCGCCGGCUUACACUUACCUCACUUUCCGACUACCGUAAGCACAUACGGAAGGAACAACGGCCCACACUACAGAUCGCCCGAGUGUGCCACCUUCCUCUUCCUGGACCAGUUUGAAUACAUCCAAGAUAAAUAUUCCGUCACAUCCUCUUUUUGGGCCUGCCUGCGAAAAGCACCCCUCCCUCACCAUCGACCGUCCGUCAUAAUAAAAGAUCGAUCACCCCAUCUCUUGCCGUCCAAUUAUCCACACCCACACCCAGGAGAGUCUAUUACCCACAUACUUGACCACACAACACAUUAAGAAUACUCUUACGGACCCUCGAGCAUCACAUCACGCAGACACCAUGAACGCCCCCUCUACCCCAGGCUCGUCCAAGGCCGCCGAUACCAACGGCACCAACGGCGUUGGCGGCCAGGGCGGCUUCCGCCCUCAAGGCCCAAUGGUGGUCCAACCCCCGCGCCAGGAGGACCUGCAGAAGAGCUAUGCCAGCAUCGUCGGGACUGAUGCCGAUGCCAAAGGCUGGUAUGGAAGCAUGAUUAACGCCCUCGGCUCCAUCAUUGGAACCGCUGGCGCCGUCCCCUGCUGCAUCUGCUGCCCCAACCCGUACAAGAACGUCGGCCAGGGUAAUGUCGGCCUCGUUACCAAGUUCGGCAAGUUCUACAAGGCCGUCGACCCCGGCCUGGUCAAGAUCAACCCCUUGUCCGAGAAACUCAUCCAGGUCGACGUCAAGAUCCAGAUCGUCGAAGUCCCCAAGCAGGUCUGCAUGACCAAGGACAACGUCAACCUCCACCUCACCAGCGUCAUCUACUACCACAUCGUCAGCCCCCACAAGGCCGCCUUCGGCAUCACAAACGUCCGCCAGGCCCUGAUCGAGCGCACACAGACCACCCUCCGCCACGUCGUUGGCGCCCGCGUCCUGCAGGACGUCAUCGAGCGCCGUGAGGAGAUCGCCCAGAGCAUUGGCGAGAUCAUCGAGGACGUCGCCGCCGGCUGGGGUGUCCAGGUCGAGAGCAUGCUCAUCAAGGACAUUGUCUUCAGCCAAGAGCUGCAGGAGUCGCUGUCCAUGGCCGCCCAGAGCAAGCGUAUCGGUGAAAGCAAGAUCAUUGCCGCCAAGGCCGAGGUCGAAAGCGCCAAGCUCAUGCGUCAGGCCGCCGAUAUCCUGUCCUCCGCACCCGCCAUGCAGAUCCGCUACCUCGAGGCUAUGCAAGCCAUGGCCAAGUCGGCAAACUCGAAGGUCAUCUUCAUGCCUGGAGCCUCAACUGCCGCCAGCACGGCGCUGGCCGCCGCUGCCAACGACCCCAAGAACCUGGCGGGCGAGCAGGGCGAGAGCAGCGGGCAGAACAACUUGCAGGAUUUCGGAGGUCAGGACCCUUCUUUUCAACAGGCCAUCAACGCUCGCAUGAUUGAAAACAUUUGAGUCAUGGCCCCUGCUGACUAACUCCCCUGCCCGGGUCCAAAGCCUGGUCUACUUGAGUCUUGCAUAGUCUAUAAACUUGUACGAUAUAAUGUUUUGUCAGGAAUGAAAUGGCGAGGUACUUGGUAAUGCCCGCGGGGCAACGUUUGAGGGGGGAACACACGACAUCAAGGAGAUUGCCAUGCUCAGGUACCCCUUGUUGGAGAAACGAUAAUAACGCUCGGGGAUGGAGAACGGCUGUUGGUUUUGACACAGGAUACCCCAUACCCCCUUUUAGUCUGUUUGUCUUUGGAUUUUGCUCUUUGGUCGUUUUUUUUUUGAUACCUCUAGGUUUAAUGAUACCACGACAUUCGUUACUU